GGUCGACGCUGGCUGAGAUCUCACUGUCUAGUCGACUAGGGAAUUUCGUGAGCCAGAGAGGUAAGCAUCGCGGCCUGCCUUUCCGGACGUGUCCUUAGCCUUGCCCGCUAUUUCUCCUGAUCCCGGGCUGUCGCCCUCAGGCAACUUUGUGUGCUCCCGUGCUGCGGCCUGUGGCUGGAUUACCGGCGACGUCCCGUUUACCUGCUGAUCAAGUGGCCGACGGCGCCGCCAAGAUGAAGCUCUCCCUGGUGGCUGCGGUGCUGCUGCUGCUCGGAGCAGCGCGGGCCGAGGAGGAGGACAAGAAGGAGGAUGUGGGCACGGUGGUUGGCAUCGACCUGGGGACCACCUACUCUUGCGUCGGCGUGUUCAAGAACGGCCGCGUGGAGAUCAUCGCUAACGAUCAGGGCAACCGAAUCACGCCGUCCUAUGUGGCCUUCACCCCUGAAGGGGAGCGUCUGAUCGGGGAUGCAGCCAAAAACCAGCUCACUUCCAACCCCGAGAACACGGUCUUUGACGCCAAGCGACUUAUCGGCCGCACAUGGAACGACCCGUCGGUGCAGCAGGACAUCAAGUUCUUGCCUUUCAAGGUGGUUGAAAAGAAAACGAAACCAUACAUUCAAGUUGAUAUUGGAGGUGGGCAAACAAAGACAUUCGCCCCUGAAGAAAUUUCUGCCAUGGUUCUCACUAAAAUGAAGGAAACUGCUGAGGCUUAUUUGGGCAAGAAGGUCACUCAUGCAGUUGUGACUGUUCCAGCUUAUUUCAAUGAUGCCCAGCGCCAGGCAACCAAGGACGCUGGCACUAUUGCUGGUCUGAAUGUAAUGAGGAUCAUCAAUGAGCCUACAGCAGCUGCUAUUGCUUAUGGCCUUGAUAAGAGAGAAGGGGAAAAGAAUAUUCUGGUGUUUGACCUUGGUGGUGGAACCUUCGAUGUAUCUCUUCUCACCAUCGACAAUGGUGUCUUUGAAGUCGUGGCUACUAAUGGAGAUACUCAUCUGGGUGGAGAAGACUUUGAUCAGCGUGUCAUGGAACAUUUCAUCAAACUCUACAAAAAGAAGACUGGAAAAGAUGUACGGAAAGACAACAGAGCUGUUCAGAAACUCCGACGUGAGGUAGAAAAGGCCAAACGUGCCCUGUCUUCUCAGCAUCAGGCAAGAAUUGAAAUCGAGUCCUUCUUUGAAGGAGAAGACUUCUCUGAGACCCUGACUCGGGCCAAGUUUGAAGAGCUAAAUAUGGACCUGUUCCGUUCUACAAUGAAGCCUGUCCAGAAAGUGCUGGAAGAUUCUGAUUUGAAGAAGUCUGAUAUUGAUGAGAUUGUUCUUGUUGGUGGCUCUACUAGAAUUCCAAAGAUUCAGCAACUGGUUAAAGAGUUCUUCAAUGGCAAGGAACCAUCCCGGGGCAUAAACCCAGAUGAGGCUGUGGCUUAUGGUGCUGCUGUCCAGGCUGGUGUUCUCUCUGGUGAUCAAGAUACAGGUGACCUGGUGCUGCUUGAUGUAUGUCCCCUUACACUUGGUAUUGAAACUGUGGGAGGUGUCAUGACCAAAUUGAUUCCAAGGAACACUGUAGUGCCCACCAAGAAGUCUCAGAUCUUCUCUACAGCUUCUGAUAACCAGCCAACUGUUACUAUCAAAGUGUAUGAAGGUGAACGACCCCUGACAAAAGACAAUCAUCUUCUGGGAACUUUUGAUCUGACUGGAAUUCCUCCUGCUCCCCGUGGGGUCCCACAGAUUGAAGUCACCUUUGAGAUAGAUGUGAAUGGUAUUCUGCGAGUGACAGCUGAAGACAAAGGUACAGGCAACAAAAAUAAGAUCACAAUUACCAAUGACCAAAAUCGCCUGACACCUGAGGAAAUUGAAAGGAUGGUUAAUGAUGCUGAGAAGUUUGCAGAGGAAGACAAAAAGCUUAAGGAGCGCAUUGACACUAGAAAUGAAUUAGAAAGCUAUGCCUACUCUCUAAAAAAUCAGAUUGGAGAUAAAGAAAAGCUGGGAGGUAAACUCUCCUCAGAAGACAAGGAAACCAUGGAAAAAGCUGUAGAAGAAAAGAUUGAAUGGCUUGAGAGUCACCAAGAUGCCGACAUUGAAGAUUUCAAAGCUAAAAAGAAGGAACUAGAAGAAAUUGUUCAGCCAAUUAUCAGCAAACUCUAUGGAAGUGCAGGCCCUCCCCCAACUGGUGAUGAAGAACCAGCAGACAAAGAUGAGUUGUAGACACUGUUCUGCUAGUGCUGUAAUAUUGUAAAUAUUGGACUCAGGAACUUUUGUUAGGAGAAAUUUGAGAGAACUUAAGUCUCCAAUGUAAUUGGAAUCUUCACCUUGGAGUGGAGUUGAAAAUGCUAUAGCCUAAGUGGCUGUUUACUGCUUUUCAUUAGCAGUUGCUCACGUCUUGGGGUGGGGGAGAGGAGGAAUUGGCAGUCUUAAAAAAUGGAUAAAAAUAAAGCUGGGUUAGGGCGUGUGUUCAUCUUGGAAAUGUUCUAUUUAACAAUUGGGUCAUGUGCAUCUGGUGUAGGAACUUUUUUCUACCAUAAGUGACACCAAUAAAUAUUUGUUAUUUACACUGGUC